CAACAGCAACAGCAACAGCAGCGGCAGCGCCUAUAAAAGGUGCUCCAGCCGCCCGGCCCCGUCUGCCCCCAUCUGCCUGUCUCGCAUCUCCCCACACCCGUCUUCUGCCAUGUCCCGCUCUCUCCUCGUCUACGGCGGCUCCGGUGCCCUCGGCCGUGCUCUGGUUGCGCACUUUCGCUCCCUGAACUAUAACGUUACCUCGGUCGACUUCAGAGAGAACGAGGAGGCCGAUGCCAACGUUGUCAUCUCCCGCGAGGACGGUGCUGCCGAGCUCCAGGUUGCUGGCCCUCGCAUCGCCAGCGCCGUCGCUGCCUCGCUUGGCACCAUGAAGGUCGAUGCCAUCCUGAACGUCGCUGGUGGCUGGGCCGGUGGCAACAUCCUCGACGAAGAUCUCUACAAGAACGUUUCCCUGAUGCUCUCGCAGAGCGUCAACUCGUCCGUCAUUGCUUCUCGCAUUGCCGCCGCCCAUCUUAAGGAGGGCGGUCUGCUUACCCUCGUCGGCGCUGGCGCCGCUGUCUCUGGCACCCCCGGUAACAUGAUCGCUUACGGACUCGCCAAGGCUGCUGUUCACCACCUUGUCAAGAGCUUGGCCUCCAACGGCAGCGGCCUUCCUGAGGGUGCUCGCACGGUGGCCAUUCUGCCCGUCACCCUGGACACUCCCAUGAACCGCAAGUUCAUGCCCGACGCCGACUUUUCCUCGUGGACUCCCCUCUCUGAGAUUGCCGAGCGCCUCCAGCGAUGGUCCGAGAACUCCGAUGCAGUCGUCUCGGGCUCCCUGGUCAAGAUCGUCACCAAGGACGGCAAGACCGAGUGGAUCAAUGUCUAAGGCUGCUCUGUGAGCGGGCCGAGGUAGUGCUAUGAUCCAAUGUGGCCAACGGCGAACAAGUAUUAUGAUGGGCCUGCCCACGGCCUCUCGGAUAUCGAUUUCGAUUUCGAUGGGCUGGAGCCGGGUCCGUUUCGCAGACUCGGUUUAGGUCGAUCGGACAACGUAUGGAAUAAACGUAAAACUUUCGAUAUCGUC